AUGGAGAUCAAGAUUCAAUUUUGUCCCACUAUUUGGGAGUCGGACUCAGGUGAGCGAAUUGGCCAAGGAAGCUUCAGGUGCGCGUCGGGGCGCGCUUCAGGUCGCUUCGGGGUAAGCUUCAGGAUCGUGUCGAGGCGCGCUCAGGUGCGCGUCGAGCCUCGCUCUAGUGCGCGUCGCGACGCGCUUCAGGUGCGCGUCGGGGCGCGCUUCAGGUCGCUUCGGGGUCGUGUCGAGGCGCGCUCAGGUGAGCGAAUUGGCCAAGGAACGCUUCAGGUGCGCGUCGAGCCUCGCUCCAGUGCGCGUCGCGGCGCGCUUCAGGGUCGUGUUGAGGCGCGCUCAGGUGAGCGAAUUGGCCAAGGAAGCUUCAGGUGCGCGUCGAGCCUCGCUCUAAUGCGCGUUGCGACGCGCUUCAGGUGCGCGUCGGGGCGCGCUUCAGGUCGCUUCGGGGUCGUGUCGAGGCGCGCUCAGGUGAGCGAAUUGGCCAAGGAACGCUUCAGGUGCGUCGAGCCUCGCUCCAGUGCGCGUCGCGGCGAGCUUCAGGUCGCUUCGGGGUAAGCUUCAGGGUCGUGUUGAGGCGCGCUCAGGUGAGCGAAUUGGCCAAGGAACGCUUCAGGUGCGCGUUGGGGCGCGCUUCGGGGCGCGCUUCAGGGUCGUGUCGAGGGGCGCUCAGGUGAGCGAAUUGGCCAAGGAACUCUUCAGUUGCGCGUCGAGCCUCGCUCCAGUGCGCGUCGGGGUCUUGUCGAGGCGCGCUUCAGAGCAAGGCGGCUACCCCGAAAGGAAUACGCGUCAGGGUUUGAGAAUGGAUGAGGCACGCUUCCGGUGCCCGCUUUUCAGACCUGGAGGGUGGACGCGUCAGUCUGAAUGUGGUUGAACAAAAAAUGAAAUGGAUGCAAAGCAAAUUUUACAUUUGUUUUUUUAU